AUGGCACAGACGGUUGGCGCAAUUGAUCCCUCCACCGUUCCUGGUGGAAGUGGCGGCUAUGAAAUCCACCAGAAGCUGCGCACCAAGACGGUGCGUCUGCUGAAGAAGGAGAAGUACAACGAGGCAAUCGACAUCCUGUACAACGGGAGUGUCAGCCUGCUCGACAUGAACGAGCAGGGCAGCGGCUGUGACCUUGCCGUGUACCUGCUCGAGGUGUACGGUCUCGCAAAGACCCCUGUCGAUGACACGAGCCGGGACCGCCUCACGACCAUCCUCGGCAAGACCACCGCAGAGUUCUGGCGCAAGAAGGUGAUCCUGGCCGCUGUCAAGUGGUCGACGACCUCUUCGCGCCCACUGGGUGAUGCGAAGCUGCGCCUGUUUAUUGCCGAGCUCCUUGUGAAGGACAAGCAGUACUUUGCCGCCGAGACGCACUUUAUUGCCGCGUGCGCGCAGGACACGGCCGGCGUGCCUGCCUUUGCCGCGAUGCUGAAGCACUGGAACGAGGUGUACUCUGCGACGAUGGCGAAGCGCGAUCCCCACGCGCCGUCCGCGGACUCGGUUGCCCGCGUGCUCGCCGGCACCUUUGCACUGCGCGGUGCGAUUCCCCUGCUGAUUGCCAAGGCGCCGGAUGCGGCGCACGAGCUGCUCAGCACCUAUAUCAAGCAAGUGACGGAGAACAACGAUGCGCUGCUCCUGCCCGUCAAGCCGAACCCCAAGGAGUACCAGUCGCCCGCCAACGGCAUCGCCUCGUUCUCGACCAAGAUCUACGCUACGGCGAACCCCACGCUGAACUUUGUGCAGAACAUCGUGGCGCUUGCGUGCGACGCCCACCACCGCUCGGGCCCCGUUGCGGACGAGAUCAAGGCCGCAUGGCAGCACCUCAUCCGCCAGUACAUGCAAGAGAGCGGAACGAGCGGCGUGGACGCGUACCUGUACGAGUUCCUCUCGCAGAUCUCGUCGAUCUACUUUGGCAUGGCGCCGCAACGCCGCAAUAUGGACAUGCUCUCGAGCAUGUUCUCGAAUAUCAUGGGUGGCGGCGCGCCCGCUGCCGGCGAGUCUGCUGAGCCCGCUGUGUCAAUCAAGCAACUGCCGAAGCCGGCCGACGCCGACGAGUCCGAUGCUGCACCCGCCGCGCCGCCCGCGUCCGAGGCCGACCAGCUGAUGGACGAUGAAAUGGAUUAG